AUGCCCUCCAUUCUCGCACGCCAGCCCUCCACCUCUAGUCAUGACGAGGGCUCUCUUACUAUAGGCUCAGUUGCUUUGAGCUCUGAGAGCGUUUGGACGCCGGUAGACUUAGCGCUGAUGCAACACGGUCAUCGACGUCGUUCAACCGUCAAAUAUUCCACCGCACUAUCUACGAAAUCAGUAACAUCUCUGUCCAUUAAUACUGGCAAACCCAACCGCCCAGUAGUCCUUGUCAACCCUUACGGGGCCACCGACUACGACAUUUGUGUCCUCGCCACCUUCGAGGAUAGCCCGCCCGACGAAUUGUGCAAGUUGCUACAACAUUUCAUUAUACCCGUUGCGCCAAAUUGCGGUCACCCGACCGUUGGAGGUGACACUGCGAUCGUGUUCGACCCACCUUUGCAUUAUCAAAGCCCUCACCAAUGGCUACUCGCCUUUCGUUACACGCCAAAGACCCCUCUGGUGUCAUAUUCACAAGCAAGGGUGGCAGGGCGCACCCCUUCCAUCACUCCAGAGUCCAUGGAAUGGCUGGAAAACGAGGAGAUCGCACGUCGUAACUCUCUGGAACACAUGGUUGCUCAAGAUCCAAAUUUAGGGGAGGUUUUAAGGGCGGAGGCUCAGGCCGCCAAGGCGGAACGACGUGAGAAAUUUCUCCGGUCUCUCAACUCAUUGGCCUCCACGUCUCAGAAGAAUUUUGCGAGGUCAGGCUUUGGAAAGUCGCCUCGUAAUUCUGUUGCUCAGGCCCAGAGUACUGUCAAUAUUUCCAAUGCCUCACGUUCCUCUCAGCUCGGUAUUGUCCAAUCCUCGCCGUCGAUAUAUUCCGAAACUGCCUGUCGCAUCGGGCUCAGUACUCAAGCCUGUGCACACCACGAAUCGAACGAGCAAGCAGACGAAGACCCAGGGCUAGUUCACGACUCUGACGUGGGUGCGACAUUCGCACUUCGGAUACUCAGGCUGUACCUUGACUCUGCCGCACUUUACCCCCCGGCCUACGAUGCUCAGGGCCACCACUCGAUUCGUCUCUAUAAGACGGACACUUCUCAAGGUUUGAGAGCCGGGACUGUAUAG